GCAUGGACCUCUGAGGAGUGAAUGUUUGGCCUUUACUGUAAGAAGAAGCUGCUCCCUCCUGCAUCGUUCCAUGUGAAGCUUCAAGGGCGAUUUGGCCCAAGAGAUUGAGGUUGUGUCACAUGGAGUCUUUAAUCAGUGUAAACAGAAAGAAAAUAUCAUCUCAUAUACAUUCCACAUUAAGUUGGACCUUACGGCUUUAGCACCAAAUCAACCAAACCAGAAAAGACUGAACGGGUUUAAUGAGCAGAACUUUGUCAUGAAAUCCAGUUUGUUCAGCACAUUCUCCUGAAAACAGGCCUCUCUCUUCUCUGCUAAAUUAUUCCUGGGUGUAUGUCUGUGCAGCCUUGCAAAGUGGAUUACAAUUUUAGCUCUUUCACCAAGAUCAAUCUGAGUGAGGUCCACAGACGUAGAAUAAACAACUGGGCCGGGCUGGAUGGCCCUGGAGCCACCCAGCAGUUAUGAAGACAAAUAUUUCCCUUCAGGAUCGGCGGAGCGAGGAAAGGUGUGUUUGCAGAGGAGACAGAGAGGCGCUUUGUCCCCUUCCCCAACAGGUCGGCUCUCCAAUCUCUCCCCGCCCGACCCGACCCCACCCCAUUCCACUCUCCCUCUCCCAGUCUGUCCACCCUGAAGCUCAUUGUCCGACUCACUCAGCGCCCUGUGAGUCCUUCUCUGGAGCUCACCACAGCCUUCACACUGAAGAGAUGCUAUCACUUCUCUGCUGCUCUCUUGUGCUCAUCUUUGCUCAGCAGCCCACCAGUGAUGCUCAGAGAAACGGGCAACAGCUGGCUGCCAGAGGAGGACGGGAGCCGGCCGAAAGGCGGCAGUUCUGCCAGUGGCCUUGCAAGUGUGCUGAGAGGACGUACUGCGCCCCAGGAGUGAGCUCCGUCCUUGACGGCUGCGGCUGCUGCAAAAGCUGUGCGAGGCAGAUAGGGGAGCGCUGCAAUGAGAGAGAUGUGUGUGACCCACACAAGGGCAUGUAUUGUGAUUUCUCAGCAGACAAACCUAGAUAUGAGGUUGGAGUGUGUGCAUACAUGAUGGCGGUUGGCUGCGACCUGAAUGGGGUCCACUAUGAGAACGGGGAAACCUUCCAGCCCAGCCCCCUCUAUAAGUGCACAUGCAUAGGCGGAGCCAUCGGCUGCACGCCUGCUUUCAUCCAGAAGCCUCCUGGCCUGCUGGGCCCCGCUCCACUGAUGAGCAACAGACCAGCCGGCCUCCGCAACGGCCCAAACCCCGGCAAACACCAGCAGGAGACCACAUACAAGACAGCUUGGAAGAAGAACUGUCUGGUCCAGACGACCCCCUGGAGCCCCUGCUCCAAGACCUGCGGACUGGGCAUCUCCGUCCGUGUCAACAACGACAACGGAAAAUGUGAGAUGAGGAAAGAUCGGCGCCUGUGCCUGCUGCGGCCGUGUGAAAAAAACCUGCUGAAGAGCAUCAAGGUGCCAAAGGGGAAGACAUGCAGACCAAAGUUCCAGGCGAAGAAGACAGAGAAACUGCGCCUGUCGGGCUGCACCAGCACCAAGAAGUUCAGACCCACGUACUGUGGCGUUUGCAAGGACAAACGCUGCUGUGUCCCCAACAAGUCCCGCAUGAUCAAAGUGAACUUCACCUGCAAAACGGGCUCCAGCGUUCAGUGGAAGAUGCAAUGGAUCUCGUCCUGCGUGUGCCAGAAGAAGUGCACGGAUCCAGGAGACAUGUUUUCUGACCUGCAGUUACUUUAAAAAGCGCCAGAGACAAUCAGCCCGAAGAAAUUCUACAAGAACGAACACAAAAGAAAAAAAAAGGUUGAAAUCAGUCAAAUGAAGGAAAAAAUGUUAUGUUGAAAGAUUUUAUGAGCCGUCUUUAAGACAGGUGUGUGCAAUAGGAGGGAGAGACAGAUGGAAAGCUGGGACUCCAACAGGAGAUGAAUAAAACUCUGUGGCUUCAUGACUGUUUUUGGGCAUGUAAUGUAUAGAAAAUAUCUUGCAAUAUCUUGACAUUUGCAUUUGUAAGUUCAGCCAAAUAAAUGUUUCAGAUGUCCUUAAAUGAUGAGUGAAGGUUUUGUCAGCUGAUGUGCCUGAAUAAAAUAUAUUUAAAAAGAUUUGUUAAAACUCCUUCUGAAGCAGCUCACAGUGCUUUGAACACAAUUUUCACAAAGUUUUACAGUAACAGAAAAGAUGUGAAUCCCUGCAGCCUCGUUCAGAAAAAGUCACACAUUAAACAUGGCAUCCAGAACAGGAGAAAACCCAGCAGAGACAUCAUUUCCCAGGUCAGGUAAAAUUGUAGCUUCUCCUUCAUGAUGGAAAUAACUGACAUGACAUCACCUGCAGUCAUCUAUUUUGGAAGACAUGAAAACCUGAUAACAGAACAUGAACUAACUUCUACAGAUGAAUGGGGAAGCAGCUGUGAAGUCUGGACUUGAGUUUAUACAGAGAUGAAUGUUAGCAAAGGGGAACGCUUUAUUUUGUAAUAAGUAGGCUUAUAUUAAAAUGAAAAAAGUAA